AUGGAAGCUGCACAGACAAACUUUCCCCGUGGUUGUCAGUCAAAGCAAAAGGGGACUGCAGCAGCAGAAGAGGACAGUCCUCCAGCAAAAAAAGCAAUGACAGAAAUGCAUGUAAAACAAACAGUGGUAAAUAAAUUGUCAACAAUAAAGAAGGAACAUUUGGAUGAAUGUGAAGAAAACUUUAUGGAGGACAGAGAGGAAGAUGCCAAACCAAACACUGCUUCAGCAUCUGAGCCCUUGAACUUAAAUCCAGGGCUGAAACAUACACUGGCACAAUUCCACUUAAGUAGCCAGAGUUCGCUGGGAGGACCAGCAGCAUUUUCUGCUCGCCAUUCUCAAGAAAGCACGUCUUCUGUCUUUGUACCUCUCCCAUCGCCCCAGAUCCUUCCUGGUCCACUGCUUGUUCCUUCCGACAGCUCUACGGAGCUGACACAGACUUUAUUGGAAGGGGAGUCUAUAUCUUGUUUCAAUGUUGGAGGGGAACAGAGACUUUGCCUGCCUCAAGUCUUGAAUUCUGUGCUCCGUGACUUUUCUUUACAGCAAAUUAACACAGUGUGCGAUGAACUUUACAUCUAUUGCUCUAGGUGCACUUCAGACCAGCUUCACAUCUUAAAGGUUUUGGGAAUCCUUCCGUUUAAUGCCCCGUCUUGUGGGCUGAUCACACUGACUGAUGCUCAGAGACUAUGCAAUGCAUUGCUGCGCCCUCGCACUUUCCCUCAAAAUGGUAGCCUGCUUCACGCGAAGAAUUCACUGGCCCAGCUAAAAGAGACAGGCGGUGCCUUUGAAGUAGAGCACGAUUGCUUGGGAAAGUGUCAGGGUUUAUUUGCUCCACAGUUUUAUCUGCAGCCAGAUUCGCCAUGUAUCCAAUGUUUAGAGUGCUAUUCGAUGUUUUCUCCCCAAACAUUUGUGAUGCAUUCUCAUCGAGCUCCUGACAAGAGGACCUGCCACUGGGGCUUUGAAUCAGCUAAAUGGCAUUGCUAUCUUCAUAUUAACAAAAAAUAUUUAGGCAAGCCAGAAGAGAGAAAUAUGAAGCGUCUCUUGGAAGAAAUGAAAGAAAAAUUCAGUAUGAAAAAUCAGAAAAUAAUCCAGGCUAAAGUAAGUUUAUUUAUAGUUGUAAAAUAUUAGCAUUUAAUUAACAUUUCAAAUUGCAUUAAAAGUAUUCUAAAUAUGUGUUUCCUAAAUGUAAAUUGGACCCUUUAAAUUUUUGAAAAACUUAAGUUGUUAUCAGGAAGUAUUAUCAUGGCAAAUACAACAAAAUAACACUUCAGUGUUUUAAAACCCAGGGAUAUAAGAUAAGCUAACAAGUUUGGAAUUUUACUUUUUGCUUCCUAACUGACUUAAGUGCAUGGAACAUCAAUUAACAUUGAUGUACAGACUUGCCUGUUUGAUUUUACUUCACACACACACACGCAUGCAUGCUUGUUAUAAAUAGCUUGGCACCAGGCAAUGAUAAAUGUAACCAUGGAGCACUGUCCAUUCUACAAAAUAUGAAUUAUUGUCUUUUUCAUUAGGCAUUAUAUGUUGUAAACUGUUCCACAGUUAAAUAUGGCUAAAGAAAAUAGAUAGAAGUCAUUGUGCUUUAUUUUAAAAGAGCACCAAAAGAAUACAGAUAACGAGACCCACAGAUAUCAUUUAUGCUGGAGCAUAGUGUUUAAAUAUCUAUAAUUAUUUUUUCCAUUCUCUAUUAUUGUGUCUACUUUCAAAAUCCCAGAAGCACCUUGUAUUUUCUGCCUUCUAAAUAGAAAAAUGUUGUUUGUUUCAAUUCAGAGAUGUGAACACCUGGAGAAAUUUUAUAUAUAAGAAGCCUUUAGGAGUUUUUUCAUUGUCCGUACUAUAUACUGUGUCUUUCAUAGCACAUCAAAGAAAUGACAAAUGCACAAACAUACAAAGCUGCCUUGUAUCAUCUGCCUUGCCUGACAGAGGUUCCCCAAUGUUUCAGCCUUUUCCUAGCAUGUGUUGCUUGAUUUCAUCUAAGCUGGCUUGGAAAUAGUAUGAAUUGAACUUGAGACCUUCUGCAUGCAAAUUGUGAGCUCUGUCACUGAACUAUGGUCCCGCUCCAAAAACUCAGCAAAGCUUAUUUUGAUGGGUGGAGGUUGUCAGAAACUGAGAGCAAGCCAGAAGCACCAAGAGAGUCUUUUUAAGCCAGCGUAGAUGAGAGGAUGGGAAAUAGGGGCUGGCAGUGGCUCUCCAGGGUUCAGGCAAGGGUCUCUGACAGCCCUACCUGGAGAUAUGGGGGAUUGAACUUGGGACCCUCUCCAUGCAAAACAGAUGCUCUACCACUGAGCGAUGGCCUUUAUUGAGAGUGACUCAGGAUCAGUCCCUGGAAUCUCCAAUUAAUAGUCUUGGAUAGCAAGCUAGGGAAAAACCCUGCAGAGAUGUUGCCAGACACAGCAGAUGGUAAUGGGCUAAAAGAGUCAGUACAGUGGUACCUCGCAAGACGAAUGCCUCGCAAGACGAAAAACGUGCAAGACGAAAGAGUUUUCCAUUUUUUGAGUCAUUCCGCAAGACGAAUUUCCCUAUGGGCUUGCUUCGCAAGACGAAACGUCUUGUGAGUUCUUGCGAGUUUGUUUCCUUUUUCUUAAAGCUGCCAAGCCGCUAAUAGCCGCUAAGCCGCUAAUAGCCGUGCUUCGCAAGACGAAAAAACCGCAAGACGAAGAGACUCGCGGAACGGAUUAAUUUCGUCUUGCAAGGCACCACUGUAGUUUAAUUUGUUCAUAAGGCAUCUUCAUAUGUUUACAUGGCCCCAUCUGAUGAAGGCAGCAAGCCUCAUCCACAAAGUGCGAUGCAGUCAUUUCAAAAUGCAGUUUGGGCAUAUCUGUAGCCAUUUCAGCUUCAUGCUUACACACCUAAGAGUUCUCGAGAGGAGGCAUUAAGAUGGGUGGAAUUGUUGCGUGUAUCUUUAUAAGGGUAGUGGCAAGCUGUAACUCAAUUCCUUCAUGGAGAGCAAUUGCUAUACUGGUGGUUGCACAUACCUACAUUGAACUUUCCAUAUCUGUAAAUUUCAAAUGUCCAUGAUAUGUACCAAAAAAAACCCACACUUCCGCCCCCGUUAUUCUUGAUGGGAAAGCAGGAGGUGGGAACUCAGAAUUCAUAACUAGCAAAAGCUUAACUGGCAACAAAUGAAACAGCACUAACUUACUCCUUCUAAAAGACCAGGUUUUCUAGAGGCAAAACUUAGGAGAGGGGAAAAAGCUAAUCACUACCCUUUCCAUUUAUUGCUUUUCCAAUAGUCAUAGUAAAUAGAUAAAAGUUGUAGGAUUUUGGUGGAUCAACUUCUGUUCAUGGAUGAGUAUAUAAAUCAGUCAAUUUAAUCAUAGGCAAGCUUCUUAAUUUUUCUUAUGCUGUCUGCCUGUUGGGAGAAGUGGAGGAUAAGUAAAAUAAAGUAGUGAGAAGUACAGUUCAUGUGAGGUUUUGCCUAGAGGCGUCGUCUCAGCCAUGAAUUGUCCAUUGACUGGCAAUAAUACAGCUCUAAAUGAAUGUUGGACCACAGAUGGGUGAUUGGGAGCGUACUUGUUCUAGGUACACAGGCCAAGAAGAUACUGAACUUGUUAUGGCAACAGAAACUAUAAAUUUCCCAGCUUAAUCAGGCUUAUAUGAUCAUUAAAGAUGUAGCAAGUGUGUUGCUAUUCAUUAAAUGACAACACAGCUUAAGGUAUGGUAACUCAUUAGACAAUAUUUUGGCUUACCUUAAAAGAAAAUGAUUGAUACAUUGUGUCUCAAGGCUUAUAAACAACCUCAUUAUCUUUUUGUUGCAUUCUUGCAAUAUGGCUAAUGAAGGGCUAUGUAUUACCAAAAUAUUGUACUGCAUUUACAUAUUGCUGUAUAAAUACAGAUGACCUUUCCAUGAGCCUUCACAAUAUGAGUUUUAAUGAGUGAUUUGUGCGAGAGGGAGAAUUUAAAUAAGGACACAACAACUGCUAUGAAGACUAUGGUUUUGUUGAUGUGCCAAUGUGAGACUCCUCAUACAUAAUAGGCCAGGGCUGUCUCGUGGAUAGAAUAUUAAAUUACAGUUUCAGGGAAUUAUAGUCUCAUCUCGUGUAGAAUAGUGCUUGUUUGGUAAUGGGUGGUUACCUAAAAUAUGGAAGAAGCGUAGAGCUAAGGACCUCUCUAUCAGUUUUCUACACUCAACACCAUUCCUUAUAAUAACACGCAUUUUCACCUACCUACCAUCCUCCCUUCCUGCUGGAGGCAGGGUGUUAGCAUGUUUGUAGUUGAGCAACUAUGCAUUUGCAUGAAGAAACAGAAGGGACUGCACUGAUCUUAAUGUGUAUUGAACAUAUUUCUGAACAUCAUUCCAAAUCUCCUUUCUUUCCCUAGUGGGAGGAAAGAAAUAUAUAAAGAAAGCUGGUUACAUCUGAGUUGUGGUGAUUCCCCCUCUUUAUUUCUAGAGGAACUAUUGCUGUUGGGUUUGGGCAAGUUAUCUGUAAAAUGCAGGACAAUUAACAUUAUCCCAGGAGUAAUUGUGCAUCUGGGUAAGAAUGAUACAACUAUAUCCUCUCCUUUAGCUUAACAGAAUGUAAAAUGCUACUUAAAGCUCUUAUAAGGAGAAUUUAUAUGCGUGAGAAUAGGAACAUCCUUAUCCAGCAUUAACAGAAAUUCUAGAAACACUCUGCUGCUUCAGCAGUGCUUCUAACACUUCUGAGAUGUGAAAAGCAAAGUAGCAAAAGAAUAGUUAAGAUGCAGUGAUUCUGGGGAUCUUCACAUUUUGAUGAGAAAAAAAGGCGUUGGAGGAGGGGUAGAGGAAUGCCCUUCUGCUAAUAUGAACUACACCUAGCUGGCUUUGGCUGACACCCGCCCCCCCAAAGACUCUAAAUAUAUUGUAAGUGCUGAAAAUGCAAGAAUCAGAGAAGCAGUGCUGCAUAAGAAUUACUCAGGAGGGCAGGGGGAAAUUCAAGACUUGCCUUUAUUUAAAAAUAAUGUUACUGUUGAAACCUUUGGUCCAAUCCUUUUAAAACCACAAUGGCGUGGUAAAUUUUUAUUUGACUCUCAUAAUAUGUUUGCAUGUUUUUAAUUAAUUAUGAUUUGGGGAAGGUUGAAAAGCGAAUUAAGUACAGUAUCUGAAGCCAUAGUGCAAGGUGUUGUUGCCUUCAAGUGCAGAGUUGUUACAAGGAUUGGCAUUAUCUAUGGAGCUGAGAUGUUCCAUCAUUUUUUAGUAACCUCAUGAUGGAUAUCGUGUCCUCCUUGUGACACAAUUUGGGAGAAACAAAUGUUUUUGAAGGCAAGUUCUUAUGAUUAGGAACUCCAGCUGUUUUUACUUCUUCUGGUGCACAUAUACAUCUCCAUGUGUCUUGUGAAAAUAGUGUUUUGUCUCCUCCGCAUAAAGCAUAUGAAAUGACUCAUAUGCAAAGGGGAAGAAAAAGAUCUGCCUACAGAUGCAAGCACUUUGAUACGCUGAAACAGAUUUGCCCCGGGGAGGAUCCUUGUCUUGAAGUUUCACCAUCUGUGAUCUAAACACAAACAUACUAAAACUCUGUUUCUGUUCUCUGCUUCUCAGUUUCACUAUGAAUGCUCUCUGCAAAGUUGGUUCUUGGAACAAAUUUGCUUUUUAAUUUCACAGUAUAACUGAGUGGUGAGUAAUGAGUAGCCAAAGCACACGCUGGCCCUCAGGUAUUCUCAGAAGCGGUUUUUUAAGAACUCGGAUUUAUGCUUUUUUAGCUGGGAUAGAACAACGAGAAGGCAAGGUCAUGGGCUAAUGGUAAAACUGAAUUAAUUCUACAUCUCUGAAAUUCUCACUCUUAACAAUUUGCAGUUAUCACACAAAUUGAGAUGCUAUUUCACAUGCAAUAGUGCUUUCCAUUUAGGUUUUUCGUCCCAUUUGAAGUGGCCCAAUUUAUCCCAAUACAACACUUUUCCUACAGAAGAAACAUUGUUUGAUGUAUAUGUGUGAAACACAUUUUGAAGUGGCAAAGCCAUGUGGCUUUUGCAGACAAGGUUUGCAUCUAGACUUCUGCCAGCCCCUCCUCGUUACUUUUUUCUUUAAAAAAAUCUACCUGGCUAAUUUGCUUUCUGAUUAAAAGAAAGAGGCUGAAGCCAGUAACUAGGCUUCCUGAUCUGAGAUUUUUCAGUUAUUAUUCUACGGUUGCUCCUUCACCAGGGGAAGAACAACAUUGUUUGUUCAUUCUCCGCAGUCAUGUUCUAUACUUGCUGAACCUUCAGAAAUGAAAGUUGAAAUUCUCAAGGUUCUUUUAAGCUGUCAUAUUUGAAAUAAGUAUUUUAUCUGGCCAUGGAAACCCUAGCUCCUUUCCCAUCUUUAUCCAUUAUGAAGGUUUCAUACUGAUAUACAUUGCCAUGAUGAUGGUAUUAAGAACCUUGAAGUAAAAUCCCACAUGCUGCCAUUGACGCAAUAUAUGAAUAUUUCUGAAGCAUGUACUUUGAUCAAAAGAAGCACAGGAUCACUUUUGGUCACUUAUGGGAGGCUUUCCAGCCCACCCCAUGCCAGUAUGGGAGCAUUGUCCAGAGCAGGGUCCUAUGUGUGGCAUAGUAUAUUUAUUGUAGUAAAAAAGCUGGAAGAUGACCAGUUUUCAAGAAAGCUGCUAAUUCUUUCAUCUGUAAUUGGAAUGGGGGAAACUGAGGUAAUCUUGCUUUUCUACUGUUGCUUCUGUUUUGUUGCCUUGUAAUUUCUCCUGCCUAAUUUGAUGACAUUGGAGAAAUAAUUGUAAAGCAGUUCCUCCAGAUCAUAACUCUCACAACUGGAAUGUUGUAUCAUAAAACAUACCAUAAAUGCUGCUUUUUUUUCCUCCUCAGGCAGAUUCUCAGUAUAACCUAGAAUUUCAGCAAUGGUAUCCAGUUGUAAAGCAGGAAGCAGAUUCCGUUAAUCAGCCGCACUCAUUCAUGCAUCCCAGGUAAACAUCCUUUUGCCAAGAAUAUAAGCAGUGAAUGCACAACUUGAAGUUUAGAGGUGUAGUCCAUAUUUUGCGCAAGGAUAAAUGAACGUUCUAGAGUUUGGUCACAUAUGUAACGUGUCUUAAGAAAUUAUUUCUUAAGAAAUAAUUAUAGGCCUCCUGAGCCAGGGAUGUGGAGGCUGUGAUUCCCCAUAUAUUGUUGGAUUCUAUCUCCCUUCAGAAUCAUAAGUAUCCUGGCCUCAGCCAGGAAUUACAGAAUUUGUAAUCCAAAAGCAUAUGGAGGGCCAGAUAUACCCCAUUCUGCUCUAGACCAAUCUAGAGCUGAACCUUGGUAUUAUGGGCCACUUCUUCCAAAGCAGUUUCUACUCUUUUUUUUUCCUUCUCCCUUUGGUACACUCACUGCAGUUGCUGUUUUACAACUCUUGAUUUCUUUGUAAAACUGAGCUUUUGUGCAAGAGUGAUAUUUACCUAACUUGUAUAAGUUUUGUGCAAGAUUCAUAGAGGUCUUGGGCAAAAGCACCUUAUUAACAAACAUAUAUCAAUAGAGCCCAGUGUAUGUACUGCAGACUCCAAGGUAAUCUGUCACAUGUACUCUGUGGCAUUCCUGAGAGAACAGUUCCUUCGCACCAGGUUGCUGACAUUUAUCUGUGACUUCAGCAUGGGCAAUUGAUGGAAAUGGUCAUACUCAAUUGUGAAGUUUCAGCCACCAGAAACAAAACAGCUAGCUUGUGCGAUCAGGUAAGGAGCAAAUGAAAGUAGGGUACGGCGAUAAAGGCCACACACUCAAAUGUCACCUCACGGGACAAACAGCCCACCCCCCAAAAUUUGUUAAUGACCUUCCACACCCAGCUGUUAUUUUUAUGUAUUGCAUCUUCCACAUUAAGGUGAAAUCCAGAAUAAAUGCAAACAAUUAAUAAUCAGCUCGCAUUUUGGUGGUGUCUUGUGAGUAUGGUGAAAAACAUCUGUGCCUAAGCAGCACUGAUUCUGCAAUAAAUGCCUGUCUGGGACCACCUUCAUUCUUUUCCUCCAGGGACUUAAACCAGCUGCUAAGAGAAGACCUGCCUGAACACUUAAGGUGCAUAUGUAGGGAAUAUUACUACAUAGUUGCUUGAGUGACUGAAGUUGGCUGCCCGGGAUAUGGGCCUUUUAAGCUUUGUCAAGCGGAUGUUGAAAGGAGGAGCCUCAGGAAGUGGAUUCUUUGUUCCUUGCUCCUUCCAUCUUUUGGGACCAGACCAGUCCAAGUGUAACAGCACUUUCACUGUUCUCUUGGAACCUGUUGUGUCUCCUGGCUCUUCUGUCCCAGCUCUUCAGCCCUUCAGUUAUGCACCUUUUGCUUUAGAGCUUUCGCUUUACUAUGCUAUGGACUUAGCCCUGCAAGCAAUCCAGUUCUGCCCCACUCACAUUUUUCUCCAAGCUGAGCUCUUCCCACUUACCUGCAAGGUUGAUUACCCUGCUGUAGUUGACACAGAUUUCUCUGUUGCCUCUCUCUCAGACUUGCCGGCAUAUACAAUUUAGGCUAAUGUAAAGCUGGAUGUGUUACAGCAGCAAGUACCAGUGUAGUUAGGAAGCAGAUUCCUAAAGCGGAUGGCGGUGAGGGGUGAUUUGUAUCAGCCUGUCAAGGAGCUGCUUUUCUCCAGCUAGAUUUGGUCCAGAGUUAAUUGGGCAUAUAUUGUUGCACUGUGUAUGUGUGUGGGUGUGCACAAUAGCAACUUCAAUCUAUAUUCAAAAGUUGUUUUAACAUUAAAUUGCUGCAUGGGAGACUCCACUUGCGCUGUAUAGUUGUCCGUCAGUCUCACAAAUUAAACGCAGCUGUCUUUCAACCAUGUGAAGAGUUGACACGCUUCACAGCUCACGGAAACCAUGGGAAGCUCUGCUCUGCUGAUGACAUGUCUGUAUAAUGCUGAUGUAGCAGUUGAAUUAUCACAUGCGCCGUUCCUCAGCUAAUUUCACAAACAGAGCACAUUGCUUCAUUAUGGUCACAUAUCUACCAGCCAAACAGAUUCCCUCUGUCCCAGGUAUUUGUAAUAGCUUUCAAAAUGUAUCUGGCUUCCAUCCCCCAAAGAGAAUUUCUUUAAAACAUUUUUUUUAUUGCACAUUAUUUCAGAUUUCUACAGCGUAACACAAAUGCAAAAACAGGAAAAUGGAAGAGAAAACAUUAAAACAAGCUUAGUCAGUACAGCAUGAGGCUGUUAAUCUCAGGGUCUUGGGUUUGAGCCCCACGUUGGACAAAAGAUUCCUGCGUUGCAGGGUCUUGGGCUUGAUGACCCUCAUAUUCCCUUCCAACUAUGCAAUUCUAUGAUUCUGUGACUAAAAUUUGCUGAGUUAGUUGUGUUCUUUGCACCUACCUUUUCUAAAUAGCAGUAUGAAUUCCCGUGUAGUUGUUAUUGGGAACAAAACAUUUAAACUGCAUAGGAAAUAAGAGUAGUUGAGCUGCAACGCUGCACUUUUGAAAGUAUGCUUUUAUGAUUUAUAUGCUGCUGUUAGUGUUCAAAGCACUUCCAUGUACGCAGGAUUGCCGAGGUAGUGUACAAGAACCUGCAGGUGGUGUUAUCACUUUCUAUAGUGCAAAUUUUGGAGGGUGAGACGGAUGUGAUGAAUAGAGGCUUGGACUAGGUUAUAUGAAGGGUCAUCUGCUACAGUAUGAGAUUACCUGAACUCUUCAUUAUUCAUCAGUGGCCCCCAUCUGAGGCUUACACCACUUCCUGAAGUUCAGUGGAUAGUGAGAAGCCCAUAUUUAGCAUUCCCUCCUUAGAGGAUUUCUCCUGGUGCCAGCUCUGAUGUCUGGGCAAAUACAAAUGCCAAGCACUGAAAGGACAUUUCAGCAUGUUCUGUAACUGGCUUUAGGUUGUGGUUUUAUGCUGGACAUCUUUUAUGCCUGCUACACAUAGAAUUUUUUCCCAUUUCCACUUGACAAUUAUUUUAUUAUUUUCAUCUCCAUGAAAUGUCUGCCACCAUGGGAAUCUUAUACUAAAGGGUGGUCUUUCUUUAAAUGUAUUAAGACUGUCUACGAAGCUGAUGACAGCUCUUUAGCUGCUGCGGUGCAGCUUCUUUACACUAUAUAAUUUUCCUAUAUGUGCCUCCACUUCAAUCUGAGAACACGGGCAUUUAUCACCUGCUCUGUAGCAAUUUGCUUGCAGAUGCAGUUUUUGGGAGCAGAAACACUGGUGCAGCCGUUCCCACAUAAGAAACUAUGCAGUCCUCAGGUAAAUAAGUGAAAACUUAAAUGGUAGGGUUCCUUUGUUAGUUAAUAAGGGAAGGAACUGGUUUUACUAGGAAUUAAUCUGCUCUGUCUUUAAACUAACUCACAGCUGUAACCCUGCUGAUAUUCAUCUGUGGGAAAAGCGAAGUUGCUCCAUUACUAUAAUGUGGUUUAUUUAUGCAAUAUGAGUGGCAUCUUCUGCACAAUUUGAGCAGAAUAAUAUACAGUUAAAUCUAUGUGAUAAAGCAAUAGCCUAAAAGCAUUAUGCAAAUUUUCAAGAGCACAGAGUUGAAUAAGGUGAGGUACGGUAGUAAUACACAAAAACUAAAACUUUCUCUUUAUUCAUCCUUGCCAAUGAGACAUUCAUAUCUCAUGAUAGCAACUAGUUGAUUUGGUUUCCGCCUGGCUUUCCUUAGUUGAUUUGUUUUUUAUCCUGUUAAACUAAACAAUGAAUAUGCACAACUGCUUUAAAACAGAUUUCCAUUUUAAAUCUGUUCUGGUGUAACCAAAGCCAAAUUAAUUCAUGUUCCCGUUCCCAGGUUUUAAAAUCUAAGAUGUAAUAAUAGUUCAUGCUUGGUUCAAAAUCAGUUGAUUUAAAUAAUUUUUAUUAAUUCUGCUUUUUUAUUUUUUUUUUGUUUCCAGCUAUUACUUCUAUAUGUGUGAUAAAAUGGUUGCUCCCAAUGUCUCCCUUACCUCUUCUGUGCCACAAUGUAAAGAAGCUACUAAAACCGCAGAGAAGAUUUCAGAGGUAAUUAAAUCUCUACCGGGACAGUCAGUGAAGCAACACAGCGGUGGCAAACGUAAAAAAGCCAUUUUCUUUCAGGAUCUUUCUCUUGAAGUACAAGAGAAAGUUGAUUUGAAACUUAGUACAGAAGUGUGUGCUAAUUCAGGUGAGUAGGAAAAAGAAACAUCUUUCUGUACACUUGCAUCUUGUAACGUGCAGCUGCUUUCCAGUGUAGCGUUUCAACAAUCAUUACUUUUCCUACCUUUUUGACUCCUAUAGAGCGGCCUGUAUCCAUUAAACCUGCAAGCAGAAGGAAAGCUGAACUGAUCUCUUCCAAAGUGACUACAGAAGACGUGGUAGAAGUAAUCAGCAGUGCACAAACUUCAUCUCAGACUCUUCCACGUGAUACUGGCUGUGAUGAUGACAAAGGGAAAAUGAUGGAAGAUGUAAUGAAAACCUAUAUAAAACAGCAAGAAAAGCUGCAUACAAUUUUGCAAAAGAAGCAGCAUCUUCAGAUGGUAUGGCAUGUGUUUGAUUUAGCUUUGUUCUGUCUUCUGAAAUCUGCUUGUUGCAUAACUUUUUGUAGUGGUUUUAAAUCUUGAUUACCGGGAAGUGUUAACUACAGUAAUAGACAGAUAGGAUCGUACAAGGUAAAGGCUUGUCUCCUCAUUUUGAGUUACAUUAACUUAAUAUACUAUAAACUAAUAUAAUCCUGAAAUUGCUGACUUGGCUGCCAAACCUCAGGUGUUACUGGAAUAAUCUUUAGAGUCUAAAGUCACCACCUGGACGUGCUUUUUUAUUAUUGUAUGGUAAAAUGCCAUGACUACAUAAUUAUAAAUUCUUACAUUGUAGACUGUGUGUCUGCACUGGAGGAAGUGCUCUGGAAAUAUUCUGUCCAGAGGUUCCUUACACAAAAUGCAAAGGAUUAGAAGUCCGGAAUGGGGAUACUUGAGAUAGCAUUAGACACAAAACUGAGGUUGUACAUAGCCACUAAGAAUUGCCUAUAGGGAAUUAAGUAGGGAGUGCUACAACACUGAUUCCCACUCCUCCCCUUUUCUGCCUCUAGGCCACAAAUUACUGGCAACAACUAGCAUAGUCUCCUGUAAAUUGAUAUUGGUGAUUAAUUUUGUGGAUUAAAUUACAAGACUGAUUUAACCACCGCCAGUACAAUUUUGACUUGAAUGUGGGAGAAAGGGUAUCAUUUAGUAUGUACAAAAAUCUACCUGAAGCUGUAUGGAACAAUCCUUCAGCAUUCCAUAUAGUAAAAAGGUAAAGGUAAAGGGACCCCUGACCAUUAGGUCCAGUCAUGGCCGACUCUGGGGUUGCAGCGCUCAUCUCGCUUUAUUGGCCGAGGGAGCUGGCGUACAGCUUCCGGGUCAUGUGGCCAGCAUGACUAAGCCACUUCUGGUGAACCAGAGCAGCUCACGGAAACGCUAUUUACCUUCCAGCCGGAGCGGUACCUAUUUAUCUACUUGCACUUGGACAUGCUUUCGAACUGUUAGGUUGGCAGGAGCUGGGACUGAGCAACGGGAGCUCACCCCGUCGCGGGGAUUUGAACCACCGACCUUCUGAUCGGCAAGUCCUAGGCCCUGUGGUUUAACCCACAGCGCCACUGGCGUCUCUUCUUCCAUAUAGUACUCUGCUGCUACAGAAUAGGGUUGUGCAUCUGGUUCCAGAUAAAUCCUGGAUCCUGAACUGAAGCAAGUUUGAAUUGACCUGAUUCGAGAUUUAUCUAAAGUGGGAUGAGGCAGCUCCAGAUCACCUCAGGUCAGGUCUGCCUGGAGGAAACCAUAGCUAUCAAAGGGGUGGGAGAAGGAGAUUAUGGAGACUUUGCCUUAUUCUCACCACUACCAACCACAUGUUUAAUUAGGGUUUUAAAUCCUAAUUUUUAAUUAGGGGCUGUGCAAGCCACCUCAUUGCAUUUAGGACCCGGACUGGGGCCUGAUCAAGUUUUCUGAAUUAGGAGUGCCUUGCUGAAGCCUACUGUUUAACACUUGGCUCCAGUAUUGUGCAGAAAAAGUGAAUCAAGUAGACUUUAGGUAUUUACACAAUCUUAUGCUUAUGUGUAACAUUAGCAUGUUAAAUAAGCAUGAAAUUCACUCUGCUGCAAAGGAUUAAGGGCUUAAUUAGUGCGAUUAUCUUUGUACCAGCUCUCUGCCAGCUUUUCUAUUUACUUGUGGUAUGAAACCUUAACACAAGAGCCCUUCUGUGGUUUGAGUGUCUAUUAAGGACUCUUGCUUGCAUUGUUUAAAAUUGUUAAGUAUUUCUAGAUUGGUGUACACUGCCCUUUGACAGUGUGAGACUUCACUCAGAUAAGAGUAAAUAUGAUCAGUGUAAGUGUAAAAGACAUAUGCUAAACUCCUGAUUCUGCAGUGCACCCUGAGUAAGUAGCAAGAGCUGCCUGUGCAUAACAAGUGGAGAUAUCAAAUUGAAUCAUGUAGCCUGUGAGCCAGAGAAGCAUGAACAAAGAUCUGGGUGCACUGUUGGAUACUUCAUAUCCCCCCUUAAACAUUCAUGCAGUUCAGGGGUCGGCAACCUAAGGCCCAUGUGCCACAAGCAGCCCACGGGGGUUGUUUGACCGGCCUAUGAGCCUCCCCCGAACCGAGCUGCCCGCUCGGUGAAUCCCCUUGCGCUGCGCUAAACCGGUGCAGCAUGGCAUGGGGACUCGCUUCUGCGGCACCGGAAAUUGCUUCUGCACAGACGCUGGCAGUACAGGCAUGCUCGGCUGGAGUGAACCGGCCCAGGAGAGGUAAACCUUGCCGACCCCGAUGUAGUUGCUGGCUAGAUGUAAAUAUGCUUGCUAGAUUCCAUCAGUUAGUGGUGUGCAGUUCCUUCAGGUGCAUAUGUCUGUCCUUGAAGCUGAUAUAAUUUUAUUAUUUGUAUCCUGCCCAUCUGACUGGGUUGCCCAAGCCACACUGGGUGGCAAAAUCAUAAUGAAGCAUUAAACAUUAAAAAAAACUUUCCCAUCCCAAUAUUUGGUUUCAAAAUUGAAGGUAGCUUAAAGAAAAUGUGUAGUGAUGGCACUAAAUAACAUUAGGCUUUGAGAACAUUUUAAAGAGUUUGAAUGAGAGCACAAAGCGUAGCUGGGUAAAGUGUCAAGAAAGUAAAAGACGAUUGAGAAGCCCAAACUCUACAAUUCUAUGAUUCUGUGCUUUAGCUGAGAUUCCUCCAUUGCAGGGGGUUGAACCAGAUGACCUUUGGGAUCCCUUCCAACUCUACAAUUCUAUGAAAACAGCUGUUCCAGUGUUACUGUGGAUCAUCUUGUGUUUUACAGACAUACUGAAAAAUAGCUAAAGAAACAUUAUUGGGUUUUGUAGGCAUACUGGAAAAUAGUUACAGAAACAUAUUAUUUGUAAAUUGGAAUGGUCAGACAUGAGUUUCUCCAGUGAGGCUUAUUAAAACAACAACGGUACCAAGCUCAAUCUUUUUUCAGUGUUCCUGUUUCAUAUAAAUACACCAGGGAUUUGAAGGGCUUACUCAGGUUAGUCAAAUUUUACAGUAACUCUGCUAAAUUGGUUUUAGUUCACUACCUAUCAGGUUCACGAACAUGAUGUGCAAGCUUGUAAUAGGUAAUAGAGUGGUACCUCUGGUUGCGAAUGGGAUCUGUUCCAGAGGCCCGUUUGCAACAUGAAAAGCUUGCAACCUGAAGCGCCGUAUCUGCGCAGGUGCUCGGCGUGAUUUGGUGCCUCUGCGCAGGUGCAAAGCGCGAUUUAGCGUUUCUGCGCAUGCACAAGUGGCAAAACCCGGAAGCAACCCUUUCCGGUACCCGGGUUGCCACGGGACGCAACCUGAAAAAACGUAUCAUGAAGCAAACGUAACGUGAGGUAUGACUGUACGGCAUGUGUGCAAACUUACUUAAAUGGUCUGUAUUGAUGAACAAAGUUACUGCAUACCAGUUCAAGACUGUUGGUCCACCUUGCACAGUAUUGCAGCUCUCUAAAGAGUUUCAUACAGGAGUGAGUAUUUCCCACCCUUAACAGGAGAUGCUGUGGAUUGAAGCUGGAACAUUUUUCAUGCAAAGUACAUGCUUUUCCACUGAGCCUACAGUAUGAUUUUUGCAUACAUCAAACUGAAUCUAGUUUUUAUGGACUGUAGAAGCCAAACAUAGUUAUAUAUAUAUAUAUUUGUAAGAAAAGCUGCCAAGAACACGAAAUUUAUCCAUUCUCUGGUUUCAAAUAAGUGCCACAAAACUUGAAGCUAUAUUCUGCAUAACAAAAACGACAGUGUCCGUAGAAGUUUGCAAUAUAGAAAUAAAUGCUUUGUGCUUUUGUGGUGUUGCUAACACUCUGUAAUUCUGGUCAUUUUCUUCACAGGAAGUAGAAAUGUUAAGUAGUUCAAAAGCCAUGAAGGAGUUAACAGAAGAGCAGCAGAAUUUGCAAAAAGAACUUGAAUCUUUGCAGACUGAGCAUGCUCAAAGAAUGCAAGAGUUUUAUGUUGAGCAAAGGGACUUGGAGAAGAAGUUAGAGCAGGUAAUAAAGCAAAAAUGUACCUGCGAUUCUAACUUGGAAAAGGACAAAGAAGCAGAAUAUGCAGCUCAGGUGAGCACAAAACAUUAGUUUAACCUGGUUGUUGGAGGUCUUUGCUUGUUAAUUACCUAUGAAAUUGCUGCUGGAGCAUAGCAAAUAGCUGAGAAUACUUUAUAUUGCAAAGGCAUGUAAAACUUGUAACAGAUACAGAAAUUAUGCAUUUAAAGCCAUAAAUACAGUGGGUUUGGGCCAAUACACUCACACCCACACCCUCACCCUCUAUAGACAGUUUUAAAGAAGAUGGUUUAAUGUAUUAUGAUGAUGAUGAUGAGGAUUUUGAUGAUGAUGCCUGACUUAAAUUUUUGAUGCAAGUUUGGUAUGUCCCCUAAAUUCUUGUUAAAAAAUUAUCCUCUCUGAUUAUAGAAUGGGUUUUAUUAAGCAUUUGGUAUCACCACUGGAACCACAAAUAUCAGCAUGCUUUAAAAGACUGGCAUGUGUUGAGUAUGGUUGAUUUUCUGUACCAAGCAGGGCCUGUAAAAAGUAUUCCUUAUAUAGUUUUUAUGUUAAAUUCAUUUUUCAGUUCCAGUCAGUACACUGAUCUAUUUUUGUGCCUUAGUUCUAUUAUGGAUUAAUUUAAGCUUUUUCAGUUUUAUUAACUAGGUAUGUCUCUCUUCCCCUUCUUCCCCAAUUUAUCUUCUUAAUAAAUGGACUAAAGCCCUUAUUAGAGAUGCUAGUGAGUUGGCUCUACCACAGUCAGCUGACUAAUCCAAAAGAACCAUAGUUUUGAUAUAUUUAAGGCAGGGGAUUUUACUUUCCCACUGAAUUGUGGCUUGAGACUUAUACCUUUGGGUGUCAUAAGUAGUAUUCCCUUGAGUGUACUGACUGGCAGAUUACAAUGACAUCCUUUUUAAAAAUAAUAAUUUUUAUUAGUUUUCAAUUACAAUCCAAUAAUAGCCUCAUUAUAACAAAACCAGGUUAUAAUACAAUUAUUAUUACCAGUUGUUCAAAUUCCAUAUUAUAUAAUUUAGAUAAAGUGCCUCCUCGCGUGCUAGAUUUGAUGCUUUUCUAUAUUUCUGCAUGCCAAAAUCUUACUAAUUUCCAUUACUUUCUGGUCAUAAUAAUAAUCCCUUCUACAACAACUGCAAUAUUAAUAACAUCUUCUAGUGUUGACACAUUAAAUGAUUUAUAAAACUACAAGUGAGGAACUCAAACUAUAUGCUUGUUCUUCCUGUGUAUGGCAAUUAUUCUGUCUGUGGUGUUUCUUCCUGUCCUUGUAAGAUGCUAUGUCUUUCUUAUCCCCGGUUGUUGCUGUUAUCCGUCAUGCCUUGGUUGGAGCUGAUAUCUCAUUGUUCCAGAAGUUUAUCCAUAGCUCUGUCCCGUGCGUCAUUGCUUUGCAACUUUUUGCAGCUGCAAAAGACACUCUGUCCCAGUAAAUAACCUGUUUUCACCAUUUUCCCUCUCCGCCUGGGAAGAAGAGCGGUUCGUCGAACUGCAGAUGACUCAGUAAAGAACCUUAUCAGUUCUUUGGCAGUUCACAGACUUCUUCAUCCUUCCUUCCAACUGAAGAUAAAUGAGCAAUCAUACUUCCAAUAAAAUUAAAUCCCAAGUCCUCUUAGUGUUAUUCAGUUCACUUCGUAAAUAAUAACAGACGGGGAAGAGUCAUCUCUAAGUUUCCAUCAUAAACCUUUUGCAAAAUAGAGCUUCCUUCCCUUUUCCCUUUUUUUGCACACAGUUCCGUUUGAUGUUAUAUUCCAUAUUUAUAAUCCAGUUUCUUCCAUCCCUGCUUGUAGAACUAUAAUUUGAACUAACAUUCAGAGGAGAGUUGCUGAAUCAUAAAUGUAGAGAAGAAAACUUUAAAGAAACCGUAGGCUCCCCUCCCCCCACAUCUUUUGCGCCGAAAUAAGUCUUAUCUCAAGUUCAGACCUUAAAGUCCUUGCAGUUGGUUAGUUCUGCAGUUUGUGAUUUUAUCUCUUCUAGUACUCGCCCGUACUUUAGUCCAAUUAAGCUCUAGUUAACAGGAGAAGCUCUGCUUCUUAAUGGCGCUAUUAGAGGGCUUUUGGCAGGCGAAGUGCUUUUGCACUCAGAGCCUCCCUGCCCCUCUCAUUCCAUGCUGGAGCGAGACCCAGUACUGCAAGUGAAGCCCGUUCCCUGCCCCCACCCCUGGGGGGAAUUUGCAAAGAAAAUUACCCUCGAUCCUUUGCCAACAAUCUCCCAUUAUCAUAGGGGCUGCCUCCAUUAAGGCAGAGAGGAACUGGAAGCCCAGAUCUAAGACAUCAUUGGGGCAUUAGUUCUGAAGAGGAGAUUAGAAUAAUAUCUGACAGGGGAAACUAGAGUUAGACCUUUUCCUCUUAUUUGAAUGGGAGUCAAGCCCAUACUUCUUUACUUAGGAUAACAACAAUAAUGGAUUGUUAUCCUAGAUCGUAUCCUAGAAUCAUAGCGUUAAAAGAAACCCCAAAGGUUAUCAAGCCGAAUUUCCGCUCGUAAACAAGCUUACUAGCCUUGUAGGAGGCCAGGAGCUGGUGUUUCUGUGCUGGUUGAAGAAGAAGGGAAGACCCUUAUCCCAUUGCUGUCAUGGAAACACAAGAUGCUAGGCUAGUGUAAAUAAAAGUCUUCUGUCAAAUGGCCCAGCAGAGGAGGAUCAGAACCUGAAGAGGGAAAAAAAGGUUUCCUUUUCUCCACAGCCAUCUUGGAAACCAAGCAGAUUGCUAGAGGAGGAAUGGAGACAUUCAUCCCUCUUGCCUCCCCUCUCACACACCUGUGUGGAAUCUAUGCAGGGAAUUCCCGAUCAACUGUGGCCUCUGGAUUGAAUCAUUAAAUACAAGACUGACUUAAUGAUGGAGCUGUUCAUUUUUAAACACUCCAGUUCUCAUUAAAGGUUAUACCAUGUUACCCUGGUUGUCGAACUUAAUCCAUUCCAGGAGUCUGUUUGACUCCCAGAACCAUUCGAAAACCAAGCACUCAGUUGGAAGCCACGUCAGACAUUUGGCUUCCGAGAAGUGUUUGCAAACCGGAACACUCAUUUCCAGGUUUGUGGCGUUUGGGAGCCGAUUUGUUCAACAACCAAGAUACCAUUGUAUGUAGUAGAAAAGGUCACAAUUUUUCCUGCACAUGGGUAGCUUAAGCAAUCUGAACCAUGCAUGAAUUGACCCUAUAUACCACUGAUUUUACUUCAAAGUAAGUGUAUGUAAGAUCCCAUAAUUAGAUUGUAAAUCAUUUGUUAGGAACACUUUCUAGUAUGCUGGUAGUAAAGAAAUCCUGUUACAUUUGUUCUGAAAUGUAAAAUUUAUACUAAAGCUCUCCACUAGAUGGCUUCUAUAGCUCACGAAUUCCAGAGAAAUCUUGGUCUCAUAUUUCUGUUUGCUAAAUUGGCUUAUGUGUGUCAUGAGGAAUGCAUUUCCCAGAGGACAGAAUGGCCCGGUUCAUAAUGUUGAACUGUGGUUUAAUGUGAAUGAGUAAUGUGCUGGUGCAUGCUUCUUGAAAUUCUCCAUUUUGGUCCUACCUCACUUUUGGUCACAACAAACCACAAGCCUUGACUUCUUGUGACAUCUGAACUUGGAACUGUGGUUUAUGUCAAGACUAGCCAUGACUAGUAGCCAAGGUUAGCUCUUGGUUUACUGCUUCAUUGUUUGGGGAAAACAAACCAUGAGCUGGAUUCAGGCGACACGAGAAGUCAUGACUUGCGGUUUGUUGCCCCCAGUGUGGUGUGGGGAAGAAGCAAGGGGGGAAUCUUUGAACUGACUACGCCAGCACCCUGCUUGUUUGCAUUAAAUCACAAUUAAACAUGAACUGUGGUUUAAUGUUGAUUACAGUCAUUGUUGCCUUAGAUCAAAUUAUGGCCUCGCACAGGCCAGCAUAUUACCAAGGUCCGCUCCUGCACACAUAUGCGUGUCUAUUUUUGCCUUUUGCUAAGUUGCUUUGAAGGAAGGGUGAGAUACAAGUCAAAUAAAUAAAUAAAUAGAAAUGUGAUGCUGAUUACUAUGCACUGAAUAUUCUGCAUUUCCUGUUUUGCCACUUGUGGCCUCCCCUUUGCUGUCACCCCGCCUCUGCACCUCUCUUAACUGCAUUGCGUGGUGAGAUUUUGCUGGAAACUAGUGCUGCUGGCGGCUAAUUGCAGGCGAUUUGGGGACUGCCGCUUGGCUUCCACUUUUUGAAGCAGGCACCUCACAUUGCCGCGUCAGUGGGCUCGAGUGUACAUACCUUACUUGAUGUUGUUUCAGAAACAACUGCAUGGUUUCUAGAGUUGUAUGGAUGGGGAUGCAUUAAGAAGUUUUUUAACCUUUUCUCUCCUUUUAAAAAUUUGCAGCUGGCAGAGCUAAGGCAGAGGCUGGAUCACGCUGAGGCCGAUCGACAGGAGCUUCAAGAUGAACUGAGACAGGAACGAGAAGCGAGGCAAAAGUUGGAGAUGAUGAUCAAGGAAUUAAAACUUCAGAUUCAGAAGUCUUCAAAAAACGGCAAAGGGAAAUGA